AUGUCUACGUACUCGAAUCAUGAAAAAUCAAAAACUGGUAUAAUCAAAGAACUGGAGACUGUUUUAAAAGCUGCAAAAUGUUCACCAUAUACCGCAAAGGAUUGUCUUUCGAGUGAGAUUACUCAAAAUAUCUGCAACGUGAUCGAAGCGAUAUUCAUACAUGGCUUGAGGGAUCCAUUCUUUGUAAAAGGAUCUAGAUACGCCAAAUAUCCCGAGCCGAACUUCUGGCCAUUUGUCUCAAAAUAUUCGCAUAAAAGUAUAACAUCAGAGAUCAACUCCUUGAAGCAGAUCAAGUCAGAAAUUGGUCGCGGAAGGGCUUGGAUUCGAAUUGUUGCCAAUCAAAAUUCUCUAGAGCAUUACGUUCAGUUACUUCUUAGCGAGACGAAGGCCAUAAAGCAAUUCUAUGACGACAAUGCUCUAAUCCGGGAUGUAGAACAAAUGGUU